AGUGAAACCACAUUGUUGGUGGGCAUUCAGGCAAUCACUUUUCAUAGUGAAGCAUCAACUGCCGUAACAAGCGCUAGUCUGUCUACGCAUGAGAACCGUCUUUGAUUGGUUGCACCGACUUGAAUGUUGAUGCCUGGCGCUGCAGCAACCAUAUCAAGCGAGCGGCUCAGCAAUUAUGCUUCGCCCUUCAUUUCAUACAUAAGAGGAGCAAAGUCUCAAGUCAAAUCAAUCGCCCGUCUACACAGGCUUCUCCAAUUCAAGCACACACGAUAGCACUACGCACUCCACUCAAAACCCUCCAGCUUUAGUGUACCAAAUAAUACCCUUUAACAAAAUGGCCCCAGCCGUCCAGCGCAACACAUCCGACGUCUACGACGGACCGUCGCCAAAACAGAUGAUCGCGGACCACACCUUCGCACAAAACAUCAUCGAACGACACAUGGACGCCUGUCCCAUCUUUGACGACCGCUCCAUCCUGCUCCUGCGCGAGUUCGUGCAAGACCCGACUAGCGCACGUAGCGUUCUCGAGCGCUAUGAACGCCUGGACAGCGAGGGUGAAACCUUCGGAACCAAGGCCACCGAAGCUGGCGACCUGGCCGCCCUCAUCGUCGUCAGACAUGGCACUGACGAGCCUUACCUGACAGACAGCGAGGUGCAAAGCCUGAAGGAGUGGUUUGGGAAUGGUGGUGGCAAGACGAACGCCGAGUUGGGUAUCACUGCAUGAAUUGAAUUAGGUGCAAUGCGACGAGAGCGAAAGGAUUCGGACCGAUGUCUGACAACGAGAGUUGUGUGAAUGAUAGCAGGUUGGGGUUAUAUGAUCUACAUCUUAUGUCAUCAUGCAGUUGUUUGCAAUCCUUCGCCGGGAUCAAUCGAACUCCGCAGCCAUGCCAA